AUGGAUGGCAAUUCAAGUGACCUAGAGCAGUUAGAGGAAGAGGAGGAGGAGGAUGAUGAUGAUGAGGAAUUGAUUCCUCAGGCCAUGCAUGAUGAUGGAAGUUCAGACAGCAGUGAUGAGGAAGAUUAUCAAGUCGAAAGUGUAGUCCAGAGCAGCAUAGAAGUUGAGGUCCCAACAACACAAAACACAUUCAAAAAGCAGUCAGUGAAGGAUAAUGCAAAAAAGAAAGAAUACAGAUGGAGAAAAAAACAAUUUCAACCUCCAUCUGUCGAUUUCAUUGCAUCUGAUGAGGAAGGGACAGAAGACAGGUGUAACUGGACUCCAUACAUGUAUUUCAAACAGUUUGUCACUGAUGAAAUGCUACAGGAAACGGCAGAACAAACAAAUCUGUACAGCGUACAAAAAGAGGGCAAGUCAGUAAACACAACUGCCAAAGAGAUAGAGAAAGUUCUAGGCAUGUACAUGCAUAUGGGGUUAGUACAGAUGUCCUGUGUGAGAGCAUAUUGGGAGAUGGAGUCAAAGCUUCCUGCAGUUUGUGAUGUAAUGUCUCGAGAUCGGUUUCUGAAAUUGCUCACACUGAUUCACUUUCAGGACAAUUUCAGUGUUUCUGAUGAUGCAAAGAAAGAUAAACUGUGGAAGCUUAGGCCAUGGUUACAAAACCUGCGAGAACAGUUUCUUUGCAUACCUCCUGAAGAAUGUCAUGCAGUAGAUGAAAUUAUGGUGCCAUUCAAGGGAAAAUCUCAUCUACGUGUCUACAUGCCUGCAAAACCACACAAAUGGGGUUUUAAGAUGUGGGGACGUGCAGGACAAAGUGGCUUUCUUUAUGACUUUGAUGUUUGUCAAGGUGCAGAACAUCAAGACAGAGAAAAAUCAGAAGUGGGUGUUACAGGAGAAGUUGUGCUGAAAAUGACAUCAACACUUCCAGCAGGAAAAAAUCACAAGGUCUUUGCCGACAAUUACUUUACAUCAGUUCCCCUAGUGCAGCACCUAAAGGAGAGAGAAAUCCACUACAUUGGCACAAUCCGGAUGAACAGGAUGGCCAACUGUACCAUGAUGGAUGAAAGGGAAAUGAAGAAACAUGGAAGAGGGUCAAUGGACUUCAGAGUGAACCAGGACAACAACAUCAUUGUAAGAUGGUUUGACAACAAAGCAGUGAACCUGAUUUCUUCAUUUGUGGGUAUUGAACCUGUGGGAAAUGUGAAACGCUGGGAUCGCAAAUCCAAAACUCACAUAAUGGUUCCCAGACCAGCCAUCGUUGAAGCAUAUAACAAGUUCAUGGGAGGCGUGGAUCUCCUUGAUAUGCUGUCUGCACUUUACAAAUUUAGCUUCAGAUCCCGAAGAUGGUACAUGUACAUCUGGUGGCACACUGUUACAGUGGCAGUCAUCAAUGCGUGGAACCUCUACAGAAGAGACCAGAAGAUGCUAUACCCCAAGAUGAAAACCAUGGCUCUGCGAAGGUUUCAAGCUUUGGUUGGUACUUCACUCACAAGUGCUGGAAAGGCUAAAAAGGUUGGCCGACCACUAUCCUGUCCAGAAGCAGCUCCAUCAGCACCCCGUAAAAGGUCAAGCUGCAGUGUGCCCCUGGAUGUCAGAAGGGAUGCCAUGGAUCAUUUUCCAACAUGGGAAACCCGACAAAGAUGCAAGCAUUGUACCAACAAUCACUUCUCACAUGUGUACUGUGAGAAGUGUAAGGUGCAUCUUUGCCUGAACAAAGACAGAAACUGCUUUCGUGACUACCACAAAGUGAAAUAA